UGACGUCAGAGGUCAGCUGACAGGUUUGUUUUUGCUCGCUCGAGCUCGUCCUGAUAACAACACAGCAAGAAGAAGGAAGCAGCGAUAUCAGACCGCCACUGUGCUCUACUUAGUAUUUUACCAACAAGCUCCCAGAAACAGUUUCAUAUCAUUAUUUUUUAUUUUUUAUAGCUGGCGCUUGGAUUCAGCUGCUGCCUCCAUUUUCGUUGACUGCUAACUGGUUGACUUUGACGCAACAUGCCUUCAGAAAAAACCUUCAAACAAAGAAGGACGUUCGAGCAGAGGGUGGAAGAUGUCCGACUGAUCCGGGAGCAGCACCCCAACAAGAUACCGGUGAUCAUUGAGCGGUAUAAAGGAGAAAAGCAGCUUCCCAUCCUGGACAAGACCAAGUUCCUGGUUCCGGACCACGUCAACAUGAGUGAACUCAUCAAAAUCAUCAGGAGGCGCCUCCAGCUGAACUCCAACCAGGCCUUCUUCCUGCUGGCCAACGGUCACAGCAUGGUGUCCGUGUCGGCUGCCAUCUCCGAGGUGUAUGAGCGGGAGCAGGACCAGGAUGGCUUUCUCUACAUGGUGUACGCCUCCCAGGAGACCUUCGGCUCUGACGUGACCGCCCAGUGAACGGAUCCUUCUUCUUCUUCUUCUUCCACCUGGCAGGCGAUUGAACAAGUUUUUACCCCACUCUCCCCCCCCUCUCCCCCCCACGUCUCUUGCCACAAACCUCUAGUCUUUACUGUAAGAACUAAAACACUUAGUGCUUAAUCUAAAGACUGUAUACAGUCAUUUGCAGGUGGAAUUGGUUCAGGUUGCAAUCCAUAGCGCCACCGCAGUGAGCGAGCGACCCCAAAUCAUAGAGUGUUGAUCCGCGUAGUUUGAGUAGAGAAACCCCCCCCCCCCAAAUCGGACUCAGGCCAGGCCAAUAGAGUCUUUUAGUCCGCGUGUCUCUGCUUCCUUUAACGUCCUCUCUGGUGGAUCACGUCCGCUGUCAUGGCAACGAACUGCCAGUCUUCGACAGUUGUUGUUGUUGUAGUUGCGCGCGUCCUCGGCUGUAUUUAUGUUUAUGUGCAUACACAUUUCAGGUAGUGCAUAAAAGUGUCUUGUGGCUCCACCACUUAUCUAUAAGCAUAUAUAUCUAUAUACACACAUUAGCCGAUGAUCAAAGCCGGGCUAAAGCGAUGAGGGUCUUGGAGACGGAACAACAUAAAGAUGAGGGUUUGAGGGUCCACGUGUUUUUAGUGGAGCUUUUUAAUGCAGUGAGAAGGUAAAGCUUCUGGAGUUUUAGUUUAGAUCGCAGUAUUUUUGCCAGAGAUACAUUUUAAAUGAAGUAGAGAAAAUUCCUUGUGUGUCCCAUCACAUUCUCUCUAUGGUCCUUUUAUCACCUUUUGAAAAAAAAAAAAAAACGUAUCCCUUCCCGCCAUGUAUCCUAAAGCAUCUUCACUGUAGCAGACCUGUGUCGGGGGGGGGGGGGAAACAGAUGAUUGUAGUUUGCAACAAAACAAAAUGACAACGCCUUGGUGUACAGAUAUUAUAAAAGUUACAGCUUUGAAUAUAACAGGGGUUUCAAUAAGAGUGUAACCAAGUUGACUUUGGACACACUACGAGAGCACGGUCUGAUUGCAUGUGCGAAUUGAGGAUGACAAUAAGGGGUUCCUGUAAAUGCUGACAAUGGGAAGGGGGGGGGGUUGCCAUUUCCCUUUUUUAAUGUCCUUUGUCACAAGUAUUUAUUAAGGUGAUGAAGAAAUGGAGGGAGGUCAGACAGACAGUGAAGCGGGGGCAGGUCGCAGAGCGUCGCGUCUGGAAGUCCAUCCAUCCGUGGUCGCCCUGUGGGGUCGUUACAAGAGCUGCAGGAUGUCCUGUCCCCUCUAUCGAUGGGCCUCCACUGUGCUGUGCUUUUAUAUAUUUCGUUAUUUCCUCACUUUUGGUUCCUUUUUAUUCAAUGUGAGUUUUAUUUCACUGUACCACGUGUCUCUUGUCGUCGCUGUCUGUGCGGUAUGUGAUGCAGGCCUACGUCGUUUCCCUCCCAGUGAAAGCCACUGUGUGCUCGUUACAGAGGGGCGGAGCUUUUGGUUUCUUUUCUGCCUGCUCCUCGGUUUCACACACACACGCAUAUCCACACACAGCAAAAUCCCACAGCCUGUUCUUAUGUAUUUAUGUUGGUAUUUUAACAAUAAAAGGAAAGAAAAAAGAUAA